AUGGAGGGGGAUGUCGAUGGCGUCAUGGAGCGGCCGACCUCGGCUUCCGGCAUGCCAGCCGACGAGCUUCAACGCGAGAAAGACAAGUGGGAUGCAUGGAACCUCCAGAAAGGUCUGAGCCGGACGGAGGCGAAGAGGAGAUAUAUCGAGGCAUUGAUCGAGACGAUGCACAAAUACGCGACAACACCAGACGCAAAAGAACUAGUCUCGGAACUCGAGUUCGUAUGGAAUCAGAUCAAGAACAAUAGCCCCAGCUCGACCGACUCCUCACCGAAAGGCACAGGUUACACCGGUGAAUUACGACAGUUCCAGCCACCCCUGACCGGAUCCGAAGGCCCCCUGAAGGUUCUCAGCCCCAUGAGCGAGGACGAUGCGGCAGAAAGGAACUCAGAUGGAAGGAUAGGUUACGACGAUGAUGACGAAGGGGGCGCGCUCGUGCCUAGCAGUAACUGGUCCCGCAGCGUGGAGCGCGCACUCGAGAAGCUGUCCGCCGAGGUCGCGGCAUUACGAGAGCAAAUAACAACAGGCAGAGAGUGGAAGUCCAAAAAGUCACGAAGCUUCCCAGCCUGGCUACGAUGGUUUACAUGGGUUAUCAUGAAACAUCUAGCCAUCGAUAUGGUGCUGCUAGCCUUCAUCCUACUGUGGAUGCGCAAGCGGAAGGACCGGCGACUGGAAGACUUGGUCCGGGCAGGGGUGAAAUUGAUGCGGGAGUCGCGACACUGCGAUUUCUACCUGAGAUGCGGUCAAGAAUCAGACUGGCACUCGGAUUUCGAUAAUAGCGACGGACUCGUGGGCAAGAUGCAAGCCACAAGUGAUCAGUCGACGAGACUUGGAAAGGCAGGGGCGUCUGCUGAUUAUACCAUGGAGGAGGAGGAGGAUAUCCCACAAGCCGUGCCGGCUCUGGCGAUGUUCGUUCCUUUAGAAGAGAGCCUCUUCGAUCCCUACGACGCUCCGCGUACCGAGAUUGAGCGCAUCAAGCUCUGCCAAGAGAAUCUCGAAAAACACACAGCCGCCGUCGAGCAGAACCUUGUCUUUGUUUAUGAGAGAGAGCACAAGCGAAUCUUACAGGUUGCGAAACAAGAAGAAGCGGAAAAGGGCUUCAUUGAGACGCCCGCGGGCCUCAUGCAAGGCGAGGAAGCUCUCAUCAUGGAGUCAGUCCACGCCCCGAUACCGCCCGGCGCCGAUUAUAACGACCGGCACUUGUCCACGUACAAGCCUCCCGAGACUCCGCAAGUGAUGCCUCCUAGGCCAUCAGCACUUCAGUGGUCUCUUUACAAUGCUGGCCAAGCCGUGGGUCAACUGCACGGAUACCAUAACCACGCCCAAGAGCUCAAAGAGCCCUAUCAAGAGAUGUUGAACGCUGCACUCAAGGCAUCGUCUGCCGACCAAGGGCAGGGUGAUGAGCCUGCUCGGAGCUAG